UUACCCGUUCUUCGCGUACCAGAGCGAUCCGAGGGCCGAAACGCUGGCGUUUUGUCUGUUCCAACCCAACUCGGGCCGAGUCGACUCAGGAACUGGAAUAAAGUAUAUGAACAUGUUCGAUGCUCAGCUUGAUGCAGUACGGUCUGCCUUGAAUGCUCUGGAUUCCAAGGAUGUUGAGAUCAUGGUGGCCGAGACGGGAUGGGCAUAUCGCGGGGACAGCAAUGAAAUCGGACCAAGUGUGGAAAAUGCAAGAGCCUACAAUGGAAAUUUGAUUGCCCAUCUUAGAUCAAUGGUGGGUACCCCAUUGAUGCCUGGAAAAUCAGUGGAUACAUAUAUCUUUGCUAUCUAUGACGAAGAUUUGAAGCCCGGUCCCACCUCCGAACGUUCAUUUGGACUGUAUCGUCCGGAUCUGAGCAUGACAUAUGAUGUUGGACUCUCAAAGAGCAGCCAGACUCCAUCAACUCCAACUCCAACAACACCAGUCACCCCGUCACCCAAACCGACUGCACCUGCGUGGUGCGUGCCCAAAGCAGGGGUCUCUGAUGCUCAACUUCAGUCAAAUCUCGACUAUGCCUGUGGGCACGGUAUUGAUUGCGGGCCAAUCCAACCGGGGGGUGCCUGUUUUGAGCCAAACACUCUACAAUCACAUGCUGCGUACGCCAUGAAUCUCUACUACCAAUCUGUUGGCAAGAAUCCCUGGAACUGCGAUUUCUCACAGACAGCAACACUAACAUCCACAAAUCCUAGUUACAAUUCCUGCAUGUACUCAGGGGGAAGCACCUGAGAAGGGAGAUCAUAUUGCUGUGAUUUCAGAUUAAGAUAUAGUCUAGAGGUGUCUAAGAAAUUUGAAACAAACCAAUGAAGCAAUAAUCUUAAUUGGCCUACACUUUGCAUUGUCCUUGAAAUUUGAACUUUUCCCUCGGCUCAAAAUUUUCACAUCAUCAAAAUUGUCGGCCGACGGGAGCCAUUCUUAGCUAUCUGUCUAACCUUUCUACGUUCUAGCCAAAAUGGCUUCCUUCAUGUGGUCGCAUAAGUUCAUUUAAGAAUAAUAAUAAUAAGAAAAAA